AGGAAGAAGAAGUGCGGAAAUGCACACGAUGUAAACAAGCCAGUCAUCCAUGUAGUUUGGGAGCAAAUACAAUUUCCACCUUAAGUCCCAUUUGCCAAUUUAUUUAAGAUUAUUCGAUCCAUGUGUUUAUAUGUAGCAAGUGAUAUAGGCGUAGAUGAUGUUAUACUGAAAAAUUUCCGCUGCGUUUUUGCGUAUGUGCGAGCAGAAGAGACUGGUUACUGGCAUCUUCUCCCUUUAAAGCUCGUCUGUGUUCGGUCACAAUGCCGUAUCUGGGGGGCGAGGAGACGGUCAGGGAACUGAGGAGGGCCCUCUCCAACCCCAACAUCCAGUCUGACCCCCUGCGGUACAGGAGCACCGUCCUCAAAGUCAUCAGGGCAAUGUCUCAAGGUGUGAAUGUGUCGGGUCUGUUCAGUGAGAUGGUGAAAGCGUGUGCCACGGUAGAUGUAGUCCAGAAGAAGCUGGUCUACAUCUUCCUGUGUUCGUAUGCCACUUUAAACCCAGAGCUUUCCCUGCUGGUCAUCAACACCCUGAGGAAAGACUGCCAGGAUCCAAACCCCAUGGUCCGCAGCCUGGCCCUGAGGAACAUGACCAACCUCCGGUUGCCCAGCCUGGUGGAGUACGUGGAGCAGCCUCUGACUGCAGGACUUCGAGACAGAGCUGCUUCUGUACGACGUGUUGCUGUGCUUGGCUGGGCCAAACUGCACAAUCUGCAACCCAGUUCUGACAUAGAUGCUGCUGUGGUGAACGAGCUGUACAACUUGCUGAGGGACCCAGAUCCAGUAGUGAUGGUUAACUGCCUCCGAGCCCUGGAAGAGAUCCUAAAACAGGAAGGGGGAGUCGUUAUUAACAAACCCAUCACCCAUCACCUCCUCAACAGACUGAAGGAGUGUGACAUUUGGGGUCAGUGUGAGGUGCUGAGGGUUCUUCAGCGCUACCGGCCCCAGUCGGAGGAGGAGCUCUUCGACAUCCUGUCCCUGUUGGACGCCUCCCUGGUCAGCGCUCACCCUCCAGUCAUGGCCGCCACCCUCAGCCUUUUCCUGAUCCUGUGCUCUGGCCUGCCUGCGGUCAGUCUGGCGGCCCUUGAACGGGUAUGCGGGCCCCUGCUGGCUGCCUGCGGUAGCGGCUCGAGAGAGAUGAGGUUUACGGCCCUCUGCCACAUACAGUUGCUUUUGCGUUCUGUGCCUGGCCUGAUGGGGGCGCACUACAAACGCUUCUUCUGUGGCUAUGCUGAGCCCGACUACAUCAAGCAAAGGAAGAUGCAGGUGCUGGUGGAGCUUGUGAAUGAUGACAAUGUUGUAAUGUUACUGGACGAGCUGAAGGGAUACUGCACUGAUGUCAACACUGAGACGGCCCAGGCUGCUAUCUCAGCUAUAGGUUGCAUCGGCAGAAGCUACAGUGACCGAUGUCUGGAGAUCCUUACUGGGCUGCUUGGCCUCAAACAAGAUCACAUCACUUCUGCGGUGGUGCAGACGAUGCGUGACCUGGUCUGGGUGUGUCCUCAGUCUAGCGAGACAGUGUGUUUUGCCCUGGAUGGUUGUGAGGAGACACUGCAAGAGUGCCAGGGCAGGCAGGCCUUGCUAUGGCUGCUGGGCAUCUACGGGGAGCGAAUCUCCAGUGCCCCAUACACGUUGGAAGUGUUCAUCGACGGCGUGAGGAGUGAGGCUUCUGUGGGAGUAAAGGCAGAACUGCUGACGGCCACCAUGAGACUGUUUCUGUGCCGACCUGCUGAGACACAAGACAUGCUGGGAAGACUGCUACACUACUGUAUAGAGGAGGAAACAGACAUGUGCGUGCGUGACCAGGCCCUUCUCUACUACCGCCUGCUGCAUUGUGGCAUAGAAGAGACGCGGAAGGUCCUCCAAGGUCGGAGGUCAGAUCCUUCUCUGGGCGUUUUGAUUGGCCGCCCUGCAGAGCCCAUCAGUCAGUGGGCAUCUAGUUUUAACACUCUAGAGCCUUUGAGACAGGGCACUUUAAACACAGACUCGUCCAGCAGAGAAAGCCCUGAACACGUGGCCUCAAAACUGGAGCCAAACGUUGACUUCUGCGACACACUGGACUGUGGCCACAUUGAGUCGGUUCUUCCUGCCUCAGAUGGUGGGGCUCAACACUCAGGCUCCUCCCGUGAAGGCCUGGCCUCCAGCAAUGUGGCUCCCCUUAAUUUGUCCCUCUCCCCGAGUGUCAGCCCAGAGGAGUUUGAGCGGCUGUGGCUGCAGCGACACACUUUGCAUUCUGAACAAGGCACUGAAGCAACUGAAGAGGGAGAGGAUUGUGUGUGGAUAGAAGAGUGCAUCCGCUGCCGGGUCGUACCUCACCGCUCCCCUCAAAGCCUGCAGGCUGCCAUGCAGCUGGUCAACAUCCAGACGCUGGCCUUCACGCCGCCGCACACGCUCCCCUGGAGGGUCUUCCUGUACACGCACACCCAGCACACGCGCGCUGCAAGCACACCCAACACCACACUUAUCCUCGGGGAGCUGCUGUACACCGGAGAGGCACAUCAGAAACUGGGAGCACAGGAAGGCACCACUGAGGAAGACGUGGAUGCAAAGGAGGAAGUGGAGGCAAAGGUUGAAGAACUAGAAAGGACACAAGAUGGGAAAGAAGAAAUAAAAGUGACUCUAAAGCAGCAGCCCAGAGAUGCUGAAGCCGUGGAGGGAUUCCUCUCAAUCCUUAGCAGCGUGCUGGACACGCUGUCCUCAGAGAAGGCUUAGACGAAUCCCCCACACCGACUUUCACAGGCCUGUUGGUUUGUCUUACGUCUCCUCCCACUUACUUGUCCAAGUCCUGCGCUAAACACACGUGUAAAACAUUACCUUGAAGAAAUCGGUGUUGGAAACUUUUUAGUCUAAUACAUCUGUGUAAACUUUGUUACUUUUCAUCCUGGAGGAGGAUAUACAUGUAUUAUGGAAAUAAAACAACAUUUUCCAUCAUUUAGAGUCACAUUUGGGCACCUAAAGGGAUUUUUUAUUUAAAAACUCAAACAUAACACAACCUUGCAACCUUGUUACGUCUUAAAAUGUGUAAUUCAGCGAGCCAAUCAUAUUCGCAGGGUACUGUGACAUCACAGAUCAGAACUCUCCAGCUUCUCAUCUUUAUUUUCACCCAAAAUGUCAAAUUGUGCUGUUGAUGUACCUCAGAGGAGAUUUUAGCUCUUUGAUUUACCAUUACAGGUGGCGUUUCAAUAUCUGUUACUUUUACAUGAACAAGUUGAAUUUCUUGAAAUGAUUGUCUGCUUUGCAUUUUAUGUCAAAUUCUCAUCAAUUAAUGAAUUCAGCAAGCCUAAAAAAUCAAAAGGUUGCUCUUCCAGCACUCUCACUUAAUGUUCUGUCAAGUUCAGUCAAGUUCAGAGGAACCAGACUAAUUACUGUAUCUAAGAGUGAAAUAAUUAAACUGCUGUUGAAUAUCCAAUGUAGUGCAUCUGCAGAAGGAUAUCAGAUCAACCAAAUGAACUUGUGGGUAUGUUGUGGCACUUGUUUUGUCUCCAGCAGUAUCAAGUCUCAACAAAAAAAGGUAUUUUUCCAUGAGGCCUUAUUGUCUUAGUACAUGAACACCAAGCUAUUACUGAUGUUAUUGUACUGAAAAUGCCUUAUUACAGCUUUGAAAGGGAACUGCUGGGUCAUAUUUGAUUAUUUAAAAGGAUAAAUUAUAUGUACUUGUGUCUUAUGUCAUCACUUUUUAAAAUAAAACUAGCAAAUGCAGGCUAAAAAUAAAGUGAAGCAGAGUUUUGUGGAUUAAAAUAUCAACGGACUGUUUUUGCUCCACAUAGCUGCUGAGUAAUGUCCGUCCUUCAGCCUCAUUUACACAAUAGAGCUUUCUGGUGCCAAACUCUAAGCAGAAAGAUUUGAUUUUAAUCAGGCCUCUCGUCACACAAGUCUAACCUGAAACAUUCAUCAGUUUUUAACUGAAUUAUCUACCGCUGCAAAGACCAACUGACUGGCAGAGAAGGAAGUAUGAUCCUAUUUUUGACUCGUCUGCAACUAUUCAGCUAAAUUUUUGUUUUUUCUCUUUUAACAAGUGUGCAAUUUUUAUGCAAAACUCAACACUACGUAUUGCCGGUCUUUAAUCAAAACUGCAGGUGAAG